AGUGAGGGGUGACUCCGCGCUCAACAACAUCCGGUUUGAUCUUGUUUGGAUUUUAGGACGUUUUUUGGCUUGUGCUGAGAAAGAUGAGCAGCAGAUGACAGUCUGACAUCCGACUAUCUCAGUGAAGUCAUGAUGACGAACCCAGUCAGUGUUCAGACCCUCAGUAAGACAUGGGAGCUGAGUCUGUACGAGCUGCACCGGACACCGCAGGAGGCCAUCAUGGACAGCACGGAGAUCGACGUGUCUCCCAGAAGCCUCCACAGCGAGCUGAUGUGUCCCAUCUGUCUGGACAUGCUGAAGAACACCAUGACCACCAAAGAGUGUCUGCAUCGCUUCUGCUCCGAGUGCAUCGUCACCGCGCUCCGAUCGGGGAAUAAAGAGUGUCCCACCUGCAGGAAGAAGCUGGUGUCCAAGCGCUCUCUGCGGGCCGACCCUAACUUCGACGCGCUGAUCUCGAAGAUGUACCCGAGCCGUGACGAGUACGAGGCGCAUCAGGACAAGGUUCUGGAGCAGCUGAGCCGCCUGCACAACAACGAGGCUCUGAGCAGCAGCAUCGAGCAGGGUCUGCGCAUGCAGGCCAGACACAGAGCUCAGCGUGUGCGUAAGCUGCAUCCGGAGAGCGAGAACGCCACGCUCAGCGGCGGUGAGGACGAGGUCUCUCAGGACACCAGCUGUGCUGCGGAGCCGGGCCCCAGCCGCACCAGGAGAGCGUCGGAUGACUCCGGGGCCGAGGCCGAGGCUCCUGCUCCUGCGCCGCAGCGCUCCGAGAUCGAGCUCAUAUUCUGCCCUCACCCCCUGCUGGUCAGCCGCCAGCAGUACAGCCAGACACGAUACGUCAAAACCACAGCCAAGGCCACGGUGGACCACCUGUCGAAAUACCUGGCUCUGCGCGUGGCUCUGGAGGAGGGUUCGAGCGGCACGCCGGAGGGAGCUCUGCGGGACGUCAGCGAGAAGCAGUUCACCAUCUACAUCAGCACCGCGGCGGGACAGUUCACCACUCUGAACGGCUCGCUGACGCUGGAGCUGGUCAACCAGAAGUUCUGGAAGCUCUGCAAGCCCCUGGAGCUCUUCUACGCCCCGACAGACCAGAGCCAGACGCCUCCGCUGCCACAGGUGGACGACCAAAGCCCAGCACAAUCAGCUCUGGCCUGACAGACUCUUAGUGUCCUCUCUACUGAGGUCAGCUCGGGUCUAGUCGGUCCUCACUGAAGGAGCCCAGGCCCAGUUAAAGGAAUACUUCACCCAAAAACGAAAGUUCUGUCUUUAAUUACGCACCCUCAUAUCGUUUCAAACCAGUAAGAUCUUCCUUUAACGUCGUAAUACACAUGAAGAUAUGUUUGAUGAAAUCCGAGAGCUCUCUGACCCUCCACAGACAUCAGUGCAGUCCAGAAACACAGGGAGACCAUCUUUAAAAUAGUCCAUGUGCAUCAGGGGCUCAAGCCACGAGAAAACAUAUAAUUAGUUACUGUCUUCCUCUGUAUUGGAGAGUGAUUACGUUCUUACAUUGUAAAUACAUGAUGUGUUUUCUAGUCUAAAAUGAGCUCGCUAUGGAGCCCAACAUGUGCUAAUGUCUCCUUUACUACUUAGUUACCAAAAAUGUCAAGCACAUGGUUAAGAAUUUGUAAUAUACUGGUUGGGGGGGGGGGGAUGUCAUUUGACAUCACAAAAAAAAAAAAUAUGUUGUUGGUUGAACAUUAAUAUUGUAUUUUAAAUGCAUUUUCUUAGCGUCGUUUAUAAAUGACGUAUUUUAACGAGUAGUGUUGUGUAAUGGAUCUGUAUGUUGUAAAUGUGUCCCGUCAGGUAAGAGUUCCUCAUGUGAUCUCUGUGGGUUUGGGAGAGGUCAGUGACAUCACACCACGAGUACAGAUUUAAGACAAGUGCGUAUGCAACGGUUGUGCUUCGGUGGUGUUUUCUGUGCUUGUUCCAUUAGAAUGGAUUCAUUUCCUCGUUCAGUGAUGUAUACGCUUGUUUCCCCCAUCACUUCACUUUGCUCCUGGCUCUUGGGUUGACCGAAGACGACAUGAGCUACUGUUUAAACAGAAGUGACUGCAAUAAUCAUGAGACUAGUUAUUAUUUCAAUCUAUUGACAACCCUAAUGUUAAGCUCAUAACUUCUGUGUGAACCAAAUAGCCCAGGCUACUUCUGACUCAUAAGAAUGUGUGUGUUUUAAAGGGUGUCACAUUCAUGAAUCUGAACUGAAUUCAGCUCGUUUCCACCACAAAAGAAAAAAGAAAGGGAAUUGCAACUGUUCCCCUCACAGUUCUGAGAAUACAGUUCCAAUUACAAUCACAAUUAGUUCUUUUGUUUCGGUAACAAAAAACGAUUGUGAGGGGAAACAGAAAGCCACAGUUAUGUUUUUUUAUGCAGAGGUGGAAACAAGCUCCCGAGGAACUGAAGUCAGAGGAACAGAAGUGACCCAGAGUCCAGGGGAAUCGCUGUAUGUGCUGGUUAAAAUGGUCAUUUUCAUUGUCACUUCCCAAACUAGUGUUUGUACAUAUGCACCCAUGUCUUGAAAAACUGUCUUGUAUCUUUUUCAUGAAUAAAGAUGAGCACAUUUAUACUGGA